UGAACGAGGCCCUGAAAUCUGAGCUUCCCUCUCUCUCUUCCCCUCAAUCUGAUAACCAAAGGGAGAGUUGGGGAAGGGAAGAGGUGAACAAAAACAAUGGACAUGGAAGAUCCAAACCCAAAAGGUAACCAAAACCCGAAUCCAAACCCUGCAUUACAAUACCAGUCCACCGCUCAUCACCAUCCACAAUCUUCAGCCACCUCGUUUGCCAACCCAGCUGUCCCGUUUCGAGGUUCCUACCACAGGCGGGCGCAGUCUGAGGUCCAAUUCCGGAUCCCAGACGAUCUGGAUCUGGCUUCCGACCCGUUCGGUAGCUUUGAGGAGUUGGGAUCCGAGGAUGACCUCUUCUGCACCUAUAUGGACAUUGAAAAGUUUGGAUCCAGACCAGACGACGGAGCCGGUUCGUCUGCACCGAAAUCAGAGAAUGUCGAAGGGUUGGAUAAUGGUGGUGGUGAUGGAGGAGGGAGAGAGAAGAAUGUGGAUGAAAAUGUAAGGUCAAGGCACAGGCACAGCAACUCGCUUGAUGGGUCUUCGAUAUUGGAAUCUAUUGAGGCCAAGAAAGCUAUGGCUCCUGAUAAACUCGCUGAAUUGUGGAAUGUUGACCCCAAAAGAGCCAAAAGGAUAAUUGCCAAUCGACAGUCUGCUGCUCGCUCGAAGGAGAGGAAAGCUCGUUAUAUUUCUGAACUUGAGAGAAAAGUUCAAACCCUUCAAACAGAAGCCACUACUCUUUCUGCACAACUCACAUUAUUCCAGAGAGAUACAACGGGUUUGACUACUGAGAACACAGAGCUUAAGCUUCGGUUACAGGCUAUGGAACAGCAAGCUCAGUUACGCGAUGCUCUGAAUGAAGCGCUAAAGAAGGAGGUAGAGAGACUGAAGGUUGCCACUGGUGAAAUGAUGACACCAGCAGAUACGUAUAAUUUGGGAAUGCACCAGAUUCCCUACUCUCAAUCUUCUUUUUUUGCAUCCCCUCCGCAACCUGGCCAAGCUGAUGCCCAGAACAUGCAAAUGCCACAAUUUCACCCUUUUCAGUCUCAUUUGUCAGCUCCUAAUAUUGCAAAUCCUCAUCAUCCUCUGCUUUCUAAUGCCCAUGCACAUACAUUUUCAGAGAUGUUGCAGCAAGAUCCACUUGGGCGAUUGCAGGGGCUUGAUAUUAGUAGCAGAGGCUCUCACUUAGUGAAGGCAGAGGGCCCCUCAAUUUCUGCUAGUGAAAGCAGCAGUACAUUCUGAUGUGGCAGCACAUAUUUUAGUUUUGCUGGUCUAAGCCCUAAACCCACCUUAUUUGUUGAUUGUCCAUAGACUGACCUUGUUUACAACCAAUGGUACUAUCAGUUCUAAUGUGAUUGAGAUUUUAGGAUUUGAGUAGCAUUGGCCAGAUAAAAAACAUUAAUGAUUUUUUUCCAAUAUUUGUUUCAAAAUUCUAUUCAUAGGGGGCUGGUGCAGGAAUAGAAAGUUGUUCACUAGGAGUAGAGAAAUGCAUGAUAUCAUGUUGGGUACCCCUAUCAUGUUGUCUGUUACUGUUGAAUGUUGUAUUUCUUAGUGAAGAAGAUUUCUUCUACUGACCUCAA